AUGGAGACGGUCGGUGGUCAGGAAAGCAGAAACGAGUUCGACAACGCAGCGUUCGAAAUGACGACGCAGACGAACGGUGCAAGUAAUGGCGAAGUACACAAGGAGGUCAAGCAUGCAAAGGACAGUAAGAACAUUCCAAAUGGCGCCGAGCCUCGUAUUGAAAUCGAGAUUGAAGACGAGCCUCUCUUUCACUAUGACGUUUUUGAAAAUCCACCAUUUCCUUUGCUUGUAGGAUUUUCAUUACAGCAAAUGCUGAUGUCAUUGUCUAGAAGCCUUUCAACAGCAUUGCUGGUAGCGGACAUUUUGUGUGCGCGCGGCGACGAGGCUUUGAAAGCGAGGCUACUCAGUACUACAAUGUUCAUGUCCGGACUUUGCACUUUGUUGCAAAACACUAUCGGAAUAAGACUGCCGCUCUACCAGGGCCCCACUGCGAGCUACGUGGUGCCCUUACUUGCCCUGAUGGGCCUCAAGCAGUGGUCUUGUGAAUCGGAGAACGAGGUCGGUACGAACUCCACGGAGCCGGCGUUUACCACCCUUGAAAAGAUACAGAAGCUUGAAGGCAGUCUGAUGAUCGCCGGCGGUCUGCACGUGCUCGUCGGUCUCACCGGCAUCGUCGGCUUCCUGCUGCGGUUCAUCGGACCCAUCACGGUGGUCCCGUCACUCACCAUCAUGGCGCUAUACGUGUACAGCGCCACCGUGCGGUUCGCCAAGGCGCAGUGGGGCAUCGCCGUGUUGACGGUGGCCGUAGCGCUAAUCCUGUCGUUUUACUUGCGCAAGUUCCGGUCGCCGAUACCCCUCUGGUCCCGGACGCGCGGUUUCUACAUCUACUGGUCUCACUUUCACAAGAUGUUCUCGAUCCUGAUAGCCACAGUGGUCGGCUGGGGAGUAAGCGCUAUCCUGACGGCGUCGGGAGCCUUCAGUGCAGACGAAAAGAGCAGCGACUUCUACGCGCGCACCGACUCUCGUACCUUCAUCAUCCGAGAGACGGGCUGGUUCAUAUUCCCGUACCCCGGCCAGUUUGGCUCCCCAAGUUACGACACGGGUGCGCUCAUUACCUUCUUGCUGGGAACCAUCGGAUCCAUCAUCGACUCCAUAGGCGACUACUACGCAUGCGUGAAGGUAAUCGAGGCCCCGCCCCCUCCGAAGCACGCGGUAAAUCGUGGGAUAGCCGUGGAAGGGUUCAUGAGCAUCAUGGCCGGCUGGGCGGGGGCUGCGCACGCAACAUCAACUUUUGGCGGCAAUAUUGGCGCCAUCGGUAUAACCAAGGUCGCCAGUCUACGGGUGUUCCAACUCCUGGGCCUCAUGUUCAUAGUGAUGGGCGUGAUCGGCAAAAUAGGGGCCGUCUUCGUCACGAUUCCAUACUCCGUGAUAGGUGGCCUCCAGGUGAUCAACUUCGGGGUUCUGGCCGGCGUCAUGCUGUCUAACCUUCAGUACAUCGACCUGGGCUCCAAGCGCAACGUGACAAUCAUCGGCAUGUCUAUGCUGGUGGGGCUGAUGAUGCCAUACUGGAUCAACAACACCAAGCGACCCAUUAACACGGGCAAUGCUGACCUUGAUAGCACGAUCCUCAUGUUCCUCGGCAAUCCCGUGUUUAUGACGGGUAUCAUCGCGUGCUUCCUUGACAACACUAUGCCAGGUACACUAGAAGAGAGGGGUAUCAAUGCCUGGCAGUCGGAACUAGAGGUCGGCGUCGACUAUGAAACGACGCCCGGUGACCGGAAGUCAAAAACGGGCGCCGAUGAGAUUCGAGCCCGGAAAUUGGCAAGGACGCUUUACGUCAUACCGUAUUUAAACCGCGUGUUGCGCAGAUUUCCGAGAAUCCGAUUUAUACCGAUUUGUCAGCGCUACAAUCCGCGUCUUGAUGAGUAGACAGCGACUGGGGGCAUUUUGUGGAAAGAGUGAGCGGUGAAUAAAGAACGAGACGGUAAAAGGUCAAUUCUACUUGCAGAGGAUUUUACAGUGAAUGCAAUAGAAGAGUCAUUCGAACUUGUAGCUCGUAUGGUUUACGCCGUCUGUUUGCUUUUCUCUUUUAUGACGGAUCUCGAUAUUGUCUUAAAUUAUGUUGCGUUUCAGAGUGUUUAAUUUCUUAAGCUAUUUUUGUAAGUUGUAUUUUUUCCAAGAUCGCAGUGGUGUAAUGGAUAUGGUGUCCGCCUAGCGAUCGGGAUGUCACGGGUGAUCUCCACAGUCGGAGCGUUUUAGAUUUCUCCCAUUAACACCAAGUAAUAGUCACAGGAAACGGACUCGAAAAUGUUUUCGAUGCAAUCGAGCUAAAAUAAAUAGGUUGAAACUAAGCUAUUUACUAUAUAAAUCUAUGAAAAUCACGUGACCCUUGAGACUUGGUUACUUUUGACCCCAGGGACAUGAUAUGAAAAAAAUCGAUAGGGGAAAACUAUACAAUUUUACACAUUAAAUAUCAAACACCGUACCCUUGCGGUUUCAGAGAUGCUUUUUUUUAAGUUUAUUGAUAUUUACAAAACACUUCUAUAUAGUUUUACCCUAAGGUAGAGCAUAGUACUACCAUAAGACUUUACAUGCAAAAUUACAAACCUCCCAGCCUUGAGGUUUCAGAUAUGAAUAUGUUUACAGUAUUUACUAUAUACAUGUAAGGGAAAAAAAGUCUGAAAUUACAUGUGCGUAAAGUGGCAUCACAGAUACAACGCAAUCGUGGACGACCCUCUUCGGUCUCACUGGCUUUUAGUUCAGAAGAGAUUUGCUUUAAAAAAAAAUCUACAAAAUCGUAAAGUGUCGUCCCUGAUUAGCCUAUGCGGACUUCACUGGCGUAUCUGUGACACACACUUUGAGCACGCGCAUUAAGCCAAGUUUCCCAAAACUAGACUCAUGUAAUUGAAAUCUUUAUUGAAGUGUAGGGGCCCUUUCACACAUGAUUGAUUGAUAACUUGAAAGCAAUCAAUUAAAAGAUCUAUUUUGACAACCUCAAUCAAUUGUUUUUGGCGGGAGAAUUUUCAGUACAUAUCAAAUAAAUAUAAAUAAAUAUAUCAAAUGGUCUUUUCUUUGUUUAUAUUGUGUUCUAGUAUGUGUUGUUGAACAAAUUUUUUUAUAAAAUAUAUGCUGCACAUGUGUUGUAUCUAUUAAUCGUAACAGAUUUAGUUUUAUUAAAGUGUAUCGGUUGUUAGUCUUGUUGAUCAUUAGUGUUUCAAUAUAUCGUAUUAGCAAUAUUCGAAUUAAAUUAAUUUGUUUAAAAGUAGAUUAUGUUGUUUUUUAUGAAUUUAUACG